AUGGACUCGAGCAGCAAAUUCUCGCUGGUCGAGGGCGGCCUUUUUGAAAGCCCCAUUGGAGCCUCGCCCCCGCAGGAAUGGCUGGACCCUCGAAUGGAGAGAUGGGGAGGGAGAGACAGUGCUCACAGAGGGGACAACCUGGGGGUGUGCGGUAGUGGCAGGGACUAUGGCCAGCAGCGUGGGAAAGGCCGAGGUAUCCAGGAACAGACGAGUGGGACUCUGGGCCCCACCUCUGCCUGGGAAGGGGUCUGCCCAUGGAGCAGCCUUGGGGCCACCACCGAGACUGCCCGGCCUUCCUGCAGCCAGAGAGCCAGGGCCCUGCCCAAGGAUAGGGCUCCCCAGGGAGCCACAGGAUGGAGCAGCACACGCAGCCUUGGAGGGCUGCCCCUGGUCCAAGCCAUCCCCAUGUACCAGCCAGCCUGCAGAGUCCACGUGUGGCCGCCGGCCACCCCGCUCGCGCGCUGUGUUCCCCCCAUUGAGACCUCACCGGUCCUUCCCUGUGCCCCUGAGGCUCUGCUUCCUGGGCACAGCGUGGAUCCUGGCCUGGCCGGCCUAAUGGGGCAACGGGCACCGCGCUCCAGACAGCCUUUCAUGGUCACUUUCUUCAGGGCCAGUUCGAGUCCUAUCCGCGCCCCUCGGGCUGUGAGGCCACUGAGGAGGAGGCAGCCGAAGAAAACCAACGAGCUGCCGCACCCCCACAGACUCCCGGGGAUCUUUGAUGACAUCCAUGGCUCCAUCGGCCGGCAGGUUUGCCAUCGGCACGAGCUCUACGUCAGCUUUCAGGACCUCGGCUGGCUGGACUGGGUCAUCGCCCCCCAAGGCUACUCGGCCUAUUACUGUGAGGGGGAGUGCUCCUUCCCGCUGGACUCCUGCAUGAACGCCACCAACCAUGCCAUCCUGCAGUCCCUGGUGCACCUGAUGAAGCCAGACGCAGUCCCCAAGGCAUGCUGUGCACCCACCAAGCUAAGCGCCACCUCCGUGCUCUACUAUGACAGCAGCAACAACGUCAUCCUGCGCAAGCACCGCAACAUGGUGGUCAAGGCCUGUGGCUGCCACUGA